AGAAGCUGGAAAAACAGUUUUUGUUUGACCGUCAGCUGCAUAAAUAUUUACUACAUUUCCCAGAAUGCAACUGACACGUCAGUGAAAUAUUUAGCCAUUCCUUUAUAUUCCUAUUUAUUUUGAAAGUUAAUCUCUACUUGUAGCAUUUUUAUGUUUAAGAAGCGUUUAAAUAAAAGUUUGAUUUACAAAAAAAAAAAAACGUGUUAGGCUAACGCUAGCGAGGCUUUCUCAGCUAGCAGUGACGCUCCUGCACAGGGAAGACAAACAAGGAAGUAAGAGCGGGACUGUACCACACUGCUGCAAGAAUGGCUCUCCGGUCGGCUGCAAGCAAAUUGUCGUAUUUUUACAGAAGCACUUUAAAGGUUUCCCCCCUUCAACAAUGCGUGAGAUUCAAAUCUACUUGUCCAGUUAAAGUGAGUCACGUGGAUCAUUUGGUGUUGACGGUGAAAAGCAUCCCGGAGACUAUCAAAUUUUACACAUCAGUCCUGGGCAUGGAGGAAGUCACCUUCAAGGGAAACCGCAAAGCUCUUAGUUUUGGGCAGCAGAAGUUCAACCUUCACCAACUGGGCCAAGAGUUUGAACCAAAAGCAAAGCAACCAACUGCAGGCUCAGCUGACCUUUGUCUAAUCACCACAACCCCUCUGACUGCAGUGGCUGCUCAUCUAAAGAUGUGUGGAGUUGAGAUCGAAGAGGGUCCCGUCCAGAGGAGUGGGGCCGUGGGAGCCAUCACUUCUCUGUAUUUCAGAGAUCCGGACAAAAAUCUCAUUGAAGUUUCAAACUAUAAUCAGUCCAUUAAGGAGAGUUCUUAAUGAUGAUCUUUAUAAUCAAAAACACAGCUUUCUUGCCUGAUUUGCACAGUUUUUGCAGAAAGAAAUAAAAAGCAAAACCAAAAUGAGAACAACAACUUUAGCGAGCAGGUUUUUUAAAAUGUUGUUUUAAUGAUCAAAUCUAUAUAUCUCUGUAUGUUAUCUUUCAAUGAUUUAUUUUGUCUUCUUCACUUUUGAUGGUAUUAUGACUAAGUAAUAAAAAGUCAAAGCAGA